UAAUGUAAAACUGCCUUUAUGAAAUUGGACUUUCGCUCAGCCAAAUGAAUCAUUUGACCUAAUGUGCAUCGGCUGAAACCCCGGCCGAUUGCGCAUCGAGAGGCUUGCUUCCAGAAGAACUAAAAGCUAAAGAAAUCUGUUGGCGAGGUCCUAAGUUUCUUACCCAAUCCGAAAAUCAAUGGCCAAAACUUCCUAGCAACCUUCAAUCAACCUUAGAAGAGCGAAAAAUUAAAGUGGUUAGCCACAUGACAGGCGCUCAAUAUCCUGAAUUUUUGGUUAGAUUCUCCACGCUGAAAAAGUUAUUGCGUGUUAUCUCUUUUUGUUUUCGAUUCUUUAAGAAUUGUAGGCGUAGCAUAGGGCCAUCUUGGAAUUUUGACUGCCAGAGAAAUUCUCGAAACCAAAAUUUGUCUCAUAAAAUUGACUCAGCAAAUUGACUUCACCCACAUCAUUUCUGAAUUGCGCAGUCAAAAAGAAACGAAAGAAAAACCUUUACUUAAAUUAUCACCUUUCAUUGAUGAGAAGGGUAUCCUCCGCUCUAAUUUACCCCCUGACAUGAAAUUUCCGGCGGUUCUAACCAAAUCGAAUCCUUUAUCUAAGCUUAUAAUCUUAGACGCACAUGAGCGUACUUUACAUGGUGAAAUCACUUUAGCUAUGUCUUAUGUCGGUCGCGAAAUUUGGAUUUUGGGCUUGUUCGAGUUGCAAUCACAACCGCAGUGUUGCGCGAAUAAUUAAAGUAUCACGGUCUGUGUGAAUUUCCAGCAAUGUGUUUUCAGUUGGACAGUUGCAACAAUGUUGCCAUUUUUCAUCAGUACGGCAGAAAUGCCGCUUUUAUUACGUGCCUCGAACAGACCCUUUGUCUGGAGUCGGUCAAGCUAAAACUAUUAUAAGCAGGUGUAUAACUUGUUUCCGUUAUGCUGCCAAAGCAUCUCAACAAGAGAUGGGUGAUCUCCCCUCUGUUCGCCUAAAUUUAACUAGGCCUUUCAAACAUAGUGGUGUUGAUUACGCUGGAGCUAUACUCAUAAACAAUUCAACAUAAAGAAGCGCUGCUAUCACAAAAGGCUAUGUCUGUCUCUUUGUAUGCAUGAGCACCAAAGCCAUACACCUAGAAGCAGUGUUGGAUUUAACAACAAGCUCUUUCUUAGCAGCCUUUCGCCGCUUUGUUGUCAGACGAGGGGCGUGUACUGAUUUGUAUUCCGACUGCGGCACAAAUUUUGUAGGUGCAUCAAAGGAAUUAAAAGUCUUGCUAUACCGAAGUCAACUUUCAAUGCCAAAAAAUUUACGUGAAAGUUUUUCAAGUUCUGGAACUGAUUGGCACUUUAUCCCACCUGCUUCCCCAAAUUUUGGUGGUCUGUGGGAAGCAGGAUUUAAGCUCAUGAAGCACCAUCUAAAACGCGAUGUGCAUGACCGAACUUUAAGUUUCGAAGAAUUAACCACUUUGCUUUCACAGAUUGAAGGAUGCCUAAACUCUAGGCCACUUUGCCCUUUAUCAUUUGAUCCACGAGAUGUCAGCGGAUUGACCCCCGGACAUUUCUUGAUAUGCGAACCCAUCAGCUGCGUGCAAGAAGAAACCCUUCUGGAGGUUAACAUCAAUCGAAUAUGCCGAUGGAAAGCAAUUGAAAAAAUCAAGCAGCAUUUUUGGAAACACUGGUACAACGAGUACCUCAAUCGUUUGCAAGCUCGUCCUAAGUGCCUUCAUCCCCAAGUCGAUGCAAAAAUUAACGACCUAGUUCUUGUAGCAGACGUGCUUUGGGCGUAUUUAGGAAGUGAAUCCCAGAAAGAAUGGGCGAGUGCGCGUAGUAUGAAACAAUGGAUAGUUCUGAACACCAUGAUCCUCAGCUUAUUGGACUAAGGGGCGAGGUGAUGGAACCCGAGGCUGAAGACGCUGUGAGUCGGAGCAUAUCGGAGUAAAAAACUCGACUAGAACACUCCCAACUAUAGGACGUCCUUCCUCUUGUGUCUACCCAGAUUAAGAAUAGUUGUUCUUGGUGGGGAGAAUGUUCCCGUAUUAUAUGUAACCAAAAUAUUCGAAUUAAAUAAACUUAAAUUUUAACUUUAAUAUUUUAUUGCACAUGCAAA